AUGGAUGCAUUGGCACGACAGGAUAGUGCUGCGAUUGGGGAGGUAAUGGGAGCGUAUAUGACAGAGAAGAGCGGACCAUUUGCAGCCGGAGGAAAUUUUGCGGGGGUUCCUACCAAUCGUGGAUUUUUCUGGGGAGAGCGGAGGACGGGAGAUGAGGACAAGACAUCUUUUUCAAAAUCCCAUACAGAAUUCGUACAUUCUCUUCUCCGAACCCCAACCGAAGGCUCCGGAGGAUCUUUCUCCUACGCCGCGCUUAGGAAUUUCAUCCCCGAGGCCAGCUCUGGCUAUAUCAUCGGCAAGCAAAACUCAAGCGCAAGUUCGGAUACUAAGGACGGUGCUAAUUCGCCUGGAAACUAUCUCACUAUCGCUUUACCUUUCUCAUCCCCUCGAUCUCGAAAUUCUCUCUCGCCACGUCCGCUAUAUUUCCAAGAUUGUUCCUCCCCUCCUCUUUCCACACUUCACAAACCUUCCGGAAGGAGGAAUCGUGGUGCGCCUUCUGAUAUUACGGAUCUCGAUGCUGUCAAGGAAUAUGUGAAGAAAGCAGCACUGAGUGCAUGGCAUCCAACAAGCACAUGUGCGAUGUUACCUUUCGAAAAAGGAGGGGUUGUGAGUGAAAAGUUGAUUUGA